AUGCCAAGACUGCUCAGCUGUCUCUGCUGGAUUUCUCUCUUUGUCCAUCUGCAUGGAUCUACAUUGUCUACUUUUAACAUUUCAACCCAGAUCCAGCUUCCAAAUGUGACUCAAGAUGAGGAGGACAAAGGCUGGGAUUCACCAUUUCUUCAGCUGAGAGCCAGUCUACCAUCUUACUCGCAGCCAGUCCGCCCAUACACCCUGCUGACAAACACCGAAGACUACCACUACAUGCCCAAACCCAGACAUCGCCGACCUUCUCGCCUCCUGCGUCUUCUGGGGUCCUCUUUUGACCCCUUUUGGAUGUCCAUAGAGCAGCCGGCUGAAGCCACUGGGGUUCAUGGUGAUGGUCAACCUUUGCCUGCAAAAUUACCCAACUACACCACUGCCAGGAAGAAGUUCAACCUGACCGCUUCUCCAGAGCUGAGAGAGGCUGCAGAGACCCAUCACCAGAAGCUGGUAAAGGAAGUGGCAGAUCUGGACCUCAGUCCUCUGCCCUCACAUGCUGCAAGUUCAGUCAGAGACUGGUUAGUGCGCUCUGCCACUUGUGGCUUAAGCUACCAAUGGGUGGAUCAGGGUCCUGCUUUCUGGCCACGUUGGCUCCGGCAGACAGACUGUGAAAGAUCAGAUGGAGUGGGAAGUUGCUCUUUUCCUGUUGGGAUGGAGUGUGUGCGAGCUCAGACAAGUCACAUAAGGAUUCUGGCUUGGCACUGCUUGGGAAUUGGAGAGGGAAGCGAUGAGUCUAGAAGGAUUAAAGCUGACAGGUUUGAUGGCAGCACUGAGAUGGGGACAGGUGACGCCAUGAAAAGAUGUUUAUGGAGGCAAGUGCCUUAUCCUGUGGUCACAGCAUGUGCAUGUUCAUGUCAAUGAAUGUUUUUCUCACUAGAGCCAAAGAUUGUCAAUCCUAAUCUUCAGAGGGUUUUCUUUAAUAUGCACAUGUAUUUCUGUCACUGAGUUGUUAUUGAUAAAAUCAAAAUUGUGAUGACUGAUUUUCCUAAUCACAGCUGCUUUUAAUCUCUCAGUAAAACAUUGCAUGUACUUUACUGGUUUAAAGCAGAAUUAAAUCAAAAUAUUUUCUAUUGAUAAAUUCUCCUGGUGAAUUAUUUAUCUGUCAGUUUUUUUUAACAACAGUGCUCUUUUGGUAAAUGGGAAAUGUGCUUGCAUCUGCAUGGCAUCUUUCUAGACUUCCAAUGACUCAACGCGCUUUUACACUACAUGCCACAUUCACCCAUUCACACUCAUGUUCAUACACUGGUGGCCGAGGCUGCCACACAAGGUGCUGCUUCACACACCUGCAGCAAUAGGCAGUAGGCAGGUUCAGUAUCUUGCCAAAGAAUACUUCAACAUACCAGACUGGAGGAGCCAGUCUUGAUUCUAGUAAAAAGCCUGCUCUACCUUCUGGGGCACAGUCACCCCAGAACAACCAGGUCGUUGACACUCAAACCACAGUCCUCUGUUGUGAAAGCUGCUGCAAAGUGAAGUGCCUAUGUAGUGAUGAAGUACUGUAAAGGCCACUUAUGUACUUUCUCCAUUCUGUGAGGGCCUGGGGUUUAAAAAAAAAAGUCAGCUUUGUGGCCACAAGCUCUUCGAAAGUCAAGUACACGUGUGGUGUCAGUAAUGCUAACCUGCCAUUUGGUACACAGCUAAAUAGUCCUGUAUUUCUUUUGGGUUGUGCUACAUUCAUAUCGUGUGGGAAAAUCAUGUAAUAGCUUUUAUUUUGAGUUGUGGUUUCAGUACACUGAAAACUUUUCACCUCUCUUUUUUCAUUCCUGCACAUUUGGCGUAGGCAUAUAUCAGAUGUGACUUUUUUUUUAUUGUUUUACAUCAAAGACGCUUGUCAUAUAUCUUGAUGAUGAUAAAAUCAUUUUCACAAGAAGAAUAGUUCCCAUUUGUAUUUAUGAUAACAGCAUACAAGUAGCUAAAUAUGUUUAACUGAAGAAACUGGUGUUGAUCACAGGUAGGAGAUCCUGGGUUUAAAGUUUUAUAUCCCCUGUUGGCCAAAGCUGUGCAUCUUAGGUAUUUAUCCAAAAGAUUUUAUUACCAAGAAGUGUGACUGUGCUGUAAGACAUUUGUGUCUCUUACAAGCUUAAAGAGAAAUAGCUAUAAGGCUGAAAGAUGUGAACGAAGCAAGUAUGAAUCAAUAUGUAAAGGAUUUAUCAACAUGUGUUGCAUAUUACUAAGGGGAAGUGUUUGGAAAUAUCUGGGGGAGAUUCAUGGAAUUUUUGAAACAAAGUGUUCCUAAUUUUUAUUAAAACCAAAGGUUGGAGAGGGGGCGAGGCAACUGAAUUAAGAUAUAAAGUGAAGUAGCCCAUGUGCACUUUACGAUUACUGUUCACUAUUCUAACAUCUGUUCGCUCACCUCUGUUUUGAUGGGGUUUUUUUGUUCUUGUUUGCCUUUUCAUUUGAUGGUUUACCACAUUUGCUGCCAAGACUGACUUUUUUAUGUAUGUGUAAUAUCUUUAUAUAGUUGAAAACCCCAAUAAAAAGGUUGUUGAAAAAAAAAAUAGUAGCCAAGCAAAUAUUCAAGUUGUAAGCCUGUAUCUGUGGUUUUUCUCAUUUGAAAUGAAUUCACAGGUAGAAGUUUUGAUUACGUUGAUCUAAUCAUUAUUCAUUUAAACCAUUUAUAGCCUUUUAAAAGUUUAAAAUAAUUGUCUUGUGUUUACU